GGUCAAUUACCGAAUUACCUCCCUUAAGAAUUCUUUCCAUUAGAGAUUUCAAAAUGAUGGCGAUCAUACCAGCGACCUGGGACAUGUAUGACAUGCUCCAGGCUGUCAUACAGGCUCCCACAUAUCAUUUGAUAUUUGAAGCCUUGCUGAUCAUCCUCAUUGUGAAGCUUGUGUUUUCAAAGGCGUAUGCUCCAGAUAAAACCAUUUUAACAGAGAAGGAAAAAGAUGAGUUGAUAGAAGAGUGGAAACCAGAACCCCUUGUGCCGGAUACACCAGAUGAUCAUCCAUUACUGAGAUCCAUGGAGAACAAUAUCAUCACUGGGCGACCUGACAAGAUAAUGACAAUCAACGGGAAGUCUGUGAUCAACAUGGCAUCCAUGAACUUUUUAGGAAUGCUAGGAGACGAAUCCAUUGAGGUUGCUGCUCAGAAAGCCCUGUCAAAGUAUGGUGUUGGGUCAUGUGGCCCUCGAGGAUUCUAUGGAACUAUGGAUGUUCACCUUGAGCUAGAGGAUCGCUUGGCCAAGUUCAUGCAGGCAGAAGAAGCCAUCUUGUACUCGUAUGGUUUCGCCACCAUUGCCAGCGCCAUACCAGCCUACAGCAAGAGGGGAGACGUCAUUUUUGUAGACGAGGGUGUGUGUUUUGCCAUCCAGAAAGGCCUGGUGGCCUCGCGUAGUGUCAUCAAGUAUUUCAAGCACAACGAUAUGGCCGACUUGGAACGCCUCUGUCUUGAACAACAGAAAGAGGACAAAAAGCUUCCCAAGAAGGCGAAGGUUACCCGCCGCUUCCUAGUGGUGGAAGGACUGUAUGCAAAACAUGGUGAUAUAUGUCCACUGCCAAAGCUGGUCGAGUUGAAGUGGAAGUACAAGCUGCGAAUCUUCAUCGAGGAGAGUUUUUCAUUUGGUGUGCUCGGGGACAAUGGUCGAGGUGUAACAGAACAUUUUAAUAUCAAGCUGGAUGAGGUAGACCUGGUAGCUGCCUGCCUGGAGAACGCAGUGGGAGGGGCUGGAGGAUUCUGCUGUGGAAAGAAAUACAUUGUUGACCAUCAGAGGCUGUCUGGUCUGGGCUACUGUUUCUCGGCUUCCCUGCCCCCAAUGCUGGCCUCUGGAGCCAUCCAGUCCCUCAACAUAAUUGAGAAUGACCAAAGCCUUUUUUCAAGGCUCCACCAAAAAAGUGAAAAGAUACACAAAGAAUUGUCCAAGAUUGAGGGCAUGCGUGUGAUGGGUGACAAAGUGGCCCCAAUCAAGCACCUGAGUCUAGCUGAGCCCAGUGAUGAUCGUUCCCUUGACAACCGAACCAUUGAGAAAAUCACCCAGGAGGCUAUGGAGCGAGGGCUGGCCUUGACCCCUGCACGCUAUCUGGAGCAUGAAGAACACCAGCUUCCACCGCCCAGUAUUCGCAUAGCAGUGAAUGUGAAACUGACGGAGGAUGAAAUAGCAAAGUGCAUGGACAUCAUUGCAGAUUCCUGCCAUGCAGUGCUUGGAAAGAGUUAAAAUGGAGUUUGAAGUGUACCACAUUGCCAGCCAACGAAGCUGUAAAUAAACUGAAAAUAGUGCCUAUGAAAUCAAAACCUGUGUAUAUUGUAUUUAAUUUACAAAUAUUAUGCAAGAAACACUGUGACUUACGUUUUCAUAAUGAAAGAUGCAAUCCACAUUUAAAAAAACUAAUAACAAAAUAUCUCUUCUGACACUAGAGAAAGUAAAUGUAAAUAUUUUAAAUUCAAAAUAAUCUGAAAUGGUAUUGUUUACAACAAAAUAUACAAAAAUGUAAAAGAACGAUGUAAAAUCGCCAAAAUGUAACUAUUAUAUUUAAGCCAGGCUAUUGGAAAAACACGCUUGAUGCAUGUCCGUAAAGUGUCGUCCUAGAUUAGCCUCUUAUCAGGGUCGUCUUUUUCAGCUUUCAUGAUUUUUUUUGUUUAAAUAAAGUCUCUUCUAAAAGAAAAUCCAGUAGAGGCGAAAAGUGUCAUCACUGAUUAGCCUGUGUGGAUGGCACAGGCUAAUCUAGUAUAACAAUUUACGCACAUGCACUAAGUUUUCUCAGAGCAUGGCUACAUUAUAUCCUCAAGGCUGGACAUUCAUAUGACUGUAUAUUAUAAAAGUUGUAUAUUAUAAAAGUAAGAUCUCCUUUCUACAAUGUAUCAUGUUUUAUGGUGGUGUUGUAUGUUUCAUUUAUGUUCACACAAAACCAUUUAGUCAUGUUUGAGUUGUGAAUUUGUGUCAUAGACUUGCAACAAACUGAUUUGUAAAAAUUCUUCUGCAAUCUUUAUUUAUUGUGCAUAAUACAACUGUACACCAUGUGAAUUAAAUCAUUUACUGUUCUGGAAUUAGCUUGAUAAAAAGUGUAUUAUUUUAUUGUUAACAAUACAUGUACAUAUUUUGGUUUUAAUGAUCAUUUUCACUGACUCAAAACAUCUUUUCUUGUAAAAUUAAUCUUUCGUAAAAAAUGUAAACAUUUUUCUCAAAUUUAGAGGAAUAAAAUAUUUAAUAAAACCACCUUAUAUUAUGAGACGUGUUAUCAAAUAUAUAAAUACAAAAUGUAUCUUGUUAAACAUCUAAUUGUGACAAAGCAAAGUGUCAAAAACUUUUUCACCUCACGACACGUAUAGUUUAUUAAUUUGUUAUAUAUUUGCACUUAUAGUAAAAUAGAUAAACAGUUAAGUUUUCAUAUGUUUCUCAAAGGUUUAAAUGUGUCAGUUUUGUUAUGUGGUAUUUUAUUUUGUUAAAAUAAAAUAUAUGGUUAGACCAAUGCCUCUAUGUGUAGCAUUUUGCUUCAUCAGGAAAUAGAAAUUGCAUAUGGAUGAUUUCUUUGUAAAUAAAACAUUAUUUAUACAAAUAGAAUGUUUGAACAAACGGUAGCUCUAUAUAUUCUAAAGAAAUAUUCUUUUUGUAUGUGUGAGAUGUUGUUUAUUGUCUGUGUUUAAUCAGUGGAGUAUUGUUACUGCUUUUACAGUGCAUUCAAUUAGUUUAUCCUAUUUCAUGUUUUAUUGGGACCCUCUGUUGUUUGCAGAGUCAUUGACAUAAGAAAGAAAGAUUCAUACGAGGUAUAGAAUUUUGUGUGAUUGCUAUUUAACUUUUUUCAUCAGUUAUUUUUUUUAAGCCAAUGAAAUUUGCUUUUAGUUAGUAAUAUUCGUCAUCAUCAUCCCUGCCUUUGAAGCGCUAGGGCUUUAUAACUUUGCGUCUGUCUGUUAAAUGGUCGGUCCAUAGACCAUUUAAUUUCUAUAUGAUAUCUAAAGACUGUUCCAUAAUCCAAAUAAGUAGGCUAGUUACUUAGGAGUCAAGGAAGACACCUAAUGAUUUUGAGGUAAACAGGUCAAGUUCACAUGGGCUUGUAACUUGAAGUUAAAAUUGUACCAUUUAAAGUACCAUUAAGAUGAGGGAGGUGGGCAAGCAUUUUUUACAAAUAUUUAUUGUUUUGUAUUAAAAUUUAAAAACGUAAGCCAUGCCUCAUGCUAUUUUCAACAUCUUGCACAAAAGAGUUAUACUCUGGUUGUGAGGAGGUGUUAAUUAGCUGAUACACUAUUUUUCAAAAACACAAAUAAUACUUAUUUAAAAUAAUUGAACUAAUAUUUUUGCAAAUUUAAUGAGAACUACAUGUAUAUUUUAAGAUGCCUUGUCACCUGUGAAAGUUCUUAUGUGUGGCUGUUAAAUUGAUAUGUUUAACAAUUGCAAUUGUUCUCAGUCUAUUGCAGUAUCAUCAUACAAUUUAAAGUGAGCGGUGCCAGGAAUGGUGAAUUUUAUGUUUUUAUUUUGUUUGUGGAUGCAAAGAUACUAUUAAAAGCAUAUUGUAUCACCCAUUUUCAACAGUUUCUGAUGUAAGCACAAAGUAUAUGCAAAUGAUUGGCAUACCUAUAAUCUAUAGGUUUACAAAACAGGUCUUUUAUUUUUCAUAUUUUUUAUAAUUGUGUAACUAUCAUUUAUUUACAACUGUAUUUUUUAAUUACAUAUUAGCUGUGCUCUGAAAAAAAGAGCUUAAAAAUGCAUGUUUUGUCCCUGAUAAGCCUUUUCCAUCUGCAGGCUAAGCAGGGAGGGCCUUAUAAGCUUUUAUGGAAGUGUUUGGUUUUCAAGGAAGUCUCUUCAGAAUGAAAAUCCAGUCUUAGUGGAAAGUGUCAUCCUUGAUUAGUCCUUGAAGAUGGCACAGGCUAUCUGGGAUGACACAUCACGCACAUGCUUUAAGCCCAGUUUUCCCAUCCUUGAUUAGUCCUUGAAGAUGGCACAGGCUAUCUGGGAUGACACAUAACGCACAUGCAUUAAGCCCUGUUUUCCCAGAGCGCUGCUCAUAUGAAUAUAUAUCAAUGUUUACAAUUUUAUGUGGCUUUUUUUCCAAAAUAUUAGUAUUGUUUCCACUGUUUUUAAACAACGAAAGACAAACUAUAAAAAAUGUGUUAAUAAAUGUCUUUGUUUACUUAAACCAUUUAAACAGUGUCAUAUGUAGUGUGUAAAAUGUGUGUUUGAUCAUUUAUUAACAAGCAUAUAAGGAACAAACACGUUAUAAUUGUGAUAAAUUAGGUUUUUAAUAAAUAAUGAAAGAUAUUGAUAAAAAUGCUUUAUGAAACAAUUCCUACAUACGAAUUUGUACCUGUCCACCAUUUACAUGAAUGGAAAAUACUGAUAUCAUGUGUUUUCAUUCUAAUGACCAACUUUAAACAAUCUUAUAACUAAUGUUAUAAAAAAAAAUAUAUUUAUUGUGUAUAUGUAUUAUGCAUGAUCAAGGUUAUACAUAAGCUAUGCUUUAACAUUGCUGUCAUAUUGCUGCAACAGUUUGUAAUAAAUUAUCUUCAUUAAA